UAAAAAUAAUUUUUUGGUAGGUCUCACCACUAACUACUACUCUUGGAUAAUAUUACGAGGCCUUUUCAUGCUAUUUGCGGAGAGAACUAGAAGUCACAUGUUUUGCAAGCAAAUGGCGAAUCAUUUUUAAUUUUAUCUCAAGUUUAAUUUUAACUAUCAGUUAAUGGUACUUUAGGCAGAUUUUGGUGAUAACAAAAGAACUUUGGAAUCUGUUUUUAUUUCUUACUGCAAUUUUGUUAAUCAGUGUUAUAUUUUGUAUUGUGUGGUCACUCACUGUUGCUGAUGUUUUAUUCUAUUCCUACACAAGUCUUGGUUUCAAUAGUAUUUAUGUAUUAUUAUUUGAUAUUCUGCACCUCGAGGGAGCAACUGACCAACAUGACCUUAAAUGUAUCAUCAGAAAAUCCGUGGAAAGUAUUGAAACCAACUGAUGUAUUAUUUAGCAUGCUGUUAUUUUUGCACUAUGUGAUUUAAUAGCAGUGCAAAAAAAAAAAAAAAUUGUAUCAUUUCUUCUCACUAUAAUCACACACACUGUGGUGAAGUCAGUCAAAUUUCUGUUACCCAACACUUUUUAUCUACGCAUUGAUGUAUUGUGGGCUUCAAUAUCAUGCUCUUAGUUUAAAAUGCAGAUUAAUACAUCAUAGGAAUAUUCCUCAAAGUAGGAAAAGGGAGGUGUGGUAACAACAUAUGAUAGCAGCACUAACAGGGAUUUAUUUUACCGUAUCUCAAUGGGAAGUACAUUGGUGAAAAGGUUAGGAUGCUGGACUCUGGGACCAAGAAGUUGGGGUUUGAGACCUGUCAGCUGUAAUGUAUGUGGUCAACUCGUACCUCCAUGUUCUCAAAAACAUUGACUCAAGCUGGGGAGACUCCACAACUUCAACCAACUCACGACGUGGUAAGAGAAAACGAGGGCGAAAAAGAUCAGGCAAUUCCUCCAAUUCAUUCUCACAGAGUUCCUGCAGAAGUAGUCAAACAUAUUCUAGCAGUUCAGAAAGUGGCUUGUACAGCGAAGGACUGGUCAAUUCUGGUUACUAUGGAGAUGAUGAAGUGGACCGCUGCCCUUGUGCUAAAUGCGUGAGUGAGGCACUAACGUCAAAACCCAAGACUGAUGUAGUGGCUGACUAUGACAUUAUUAGUGUAGACUUAAGCGAAUCUCCAACUCCUACGUUACAACUUAGCUGUGUUCCACCCUUAAAGCAAAGUAAUUUUGAUGACUAUGUGAUCAUUCCUUCGUCUAAAGAGGAAUUUUUUGCGAAUGCUUUAGCACACAGCUCUCCUCUCCUGGAGAAAAACAGUCAUGAAUUUGGUGCUAGCGUGGAAUCACCAGCUGUUAAACAAGUCGCCGUCAGCCUUCAAGCCACUCUCAGUCUGCGCUACCCUUGCAAAUUGCUAGAAGAGGAUGGAAGCGAUAGUUCUUUAACAAGGCCUGUUACUUUGCAGAGAGUUGCCAGUAAAAGUGAUGGUACAAGUUGUGGGUGGAGAGAGAACAUUGUUUGGCAAUUACAACAGCGAAAUGACACUCAAACGAAACGGUUUUUACACCUUCAAACCGACAAUCAGAAGUGCCGCGCUAUAACUACAUGUAAUAACGUUAUGAUAAUUAAGGAAGUUGACCCCAUUGAGAGAUCAGAACUUUUUCUAGCGAUAAGAAACCAACGGUCCCCUAGCGGUGACACUGAGGGACAUUCUCGCCCGAGAUCUGACAGCAUCGCGCAUUUAGCGGCCACUUAUAUCAAACGACAGCGAACAUUAACGGAAGGAAAGUUGACGGAAAGUGAAGCUUCCUACUCACCCGCAUGCGCAAGGUUCCGGAUGAGCAAUCGUGCGGGAAAACGCGAAAGAAUCCCAGGUGAAAAGUGGCGGGAAAAUGUAGUGAAUCAGCUCGAGAUGAGGAACUUUCUAGAAUUCAAGUAUUUCACUGACGCCCUUGUGCGCAGGACCAUGUCUCAGUUGAGUAUAUCAGAAAAUUUCCCCCAACAAAUGAGAGGUGUGGACGAGUAUGACAUCAUCACAGAUGACGAAGUGAGUAGCCUGGACUCUAGGAGUACCCUUAUUAACUCGACCCAUUCCACCUCACAGUCACAGGGUUACUACAGCUCUACAUUCAGCAGUCGAUUUUUUAACUUUAAACGUGGCAAGCGUAGAUAAGUUUUGUAGCUUACACUGACAACCAGCAUUUAUAGUGAAAUUAGAUAGAGACCCUCUAUUAUUGAGAAGCAUUGCAAAGUAAGGACUUGCCUUUCGAAGAAAGGUAUAAUAUAUUGUAAACAAAGAGGAGAAAUGGUGUUUAUUGAGAACUAAAUCAAGGAUUUUAUUCUAAUCGGACCAAAUGUUCUGUAAGUCUCUUUUUGCUACCUUUCUAGAAUCAAACAAUGGAUAGAUAUUCUAGUCUUCUCGGAUAAGGACGAAUAAACCGUAGGC